GAAUUUUUAUUUAUUACAUCUUUUCAUUCUACCAACCGUCACACUACAUGGACGAGUAUUUUCAUUUACGACAGACUUUGCUAUUUUAUAGCGGCAACUUUUCUCAUUGGGAUCCAAAAAUUACGACGCCUCCUGGUCUUUACUUGGUUGUUCUUGCUCUUUUGAAGCCAUUCCUGUUAUUCAACUCCGGAUCGCCUACUAUAAUACAUUUUCGGGGCACUAGCCUUUUUCCU